CGCUGCAGACUCCUACAGAGAAAUCACAGGUUACUUGUUCGAAAUGGCAGAAACCGUUCCAGCAGCAGCCGCGCCGGCUAAAGCGCCAAAGAAGAAAGCGAGCCUGAAGCCUAAAAAGACCGGCCCCAGCGUGUCUGAUUUGAUCGUCAAGGCUGUAUCGGCUUCAAAGGAUCGCCAUGGACUGUCUUUGGCUGGGCUCAAGAAGGCUCUUGUGGCUGGUGGGUAUGAUGUGGAGAAAAAUAACGCCCGCGUCAAACUGUCCUUAAAAAGUCUUGUGAGUAAAGGCUCUCUCGUGCAGACAAAGGGUACUGGCGCUUCAGGAUCAUUUAAAAUCAACAAGAAACUGGCAGAGGCAAAGGAGAAAGUCACGAAGAUAAAGGCAGCCCCGAAAAAGAAGCCAGCGGCGAAAAAGCCUGCUGCCGCAAAAAAAGUUAAGAAGCCGGCAUCUAAAAAACCCGCGACAGCCAAGAAAACGGCUAAGAAGCCUGCAACAACCAAGAAAUCCACUAAGAGCCCAAAGAAAGCGAAGCCGGCUGCCAAGCCUAAGAAGGCAGUUAAGAGCCCGAAAAAAGCCAAAGUAGCAAAGCCUAAAGUGGCCAAACCUAAAACUGUAAAGAAGGCUGCACCGAAAAAGAAGUAAAUCUUAAAAAUCACCUGGUAUUCGCAUACACAAACGGCUCUUUUAAGAGCCCC